UUGUGUGGAAGAACAACAUUUGACAAUCGAUCGAGCAAAAAAGUCUCAGCAGAAUUUGUGCUAUUGAUUAGAAAAGUUGUUUUUUUCCUGUGAAAAUUUCCCAGUUUGAGUUUCAUUUUCGUUUCUGUGUAUUACUAAAGGGGAACUCUAUUGAGUUUGUGUGAAAUUUUUAUGGCUCUGGCGCAGGAAGAGUUCGAAAAUUGCGUAAAAACCUUGGUGUUCUGAGACAUUCAGUUCAUCCGUGCAAAAGGAAGCAGUGGAACUGUGACGGACUGGACCAGGGUGACGAGAUGUCCGUAAAAUUGCCCAUUCCGAAGCGUCGGGAGGCCCCAAACGCGUCAUCAUCAUCCAAUUCGAGUCUCUCAUCGGCCGAUGGAAUGUCUGCUGACCUGGCGUCCCUGUUCGAGUGCCCCGUGUGCUUCGAUUACGUCCUGCCGCCCAUUCUGCAAUGCCAGAGUGGUCAUCUUGUCUGCAGUAACUGUCGCUCCAAGCUCACCUGCUGCCCCACUUGUCGGGGCUCCCUGGGAAACAUUCGGAACCUCGCGAUGGAAAAAGUAGCUUCCAACGUGAAGUUUCCGUGUAAACACAGCAGCUACGGCUGCAAUGCCUCCCUGAUCUAUACGGACAAGACAGAACAUGAGGAUGCCUGUGAAUUCAGGCCGUACCUCUGUCCAUGUCCUGGAGCAUCUUGCAAGUGGCAGGGUGCCCUGGAGCUCGUGAUGCCGCAUUUGAUGAUGUCCCAUAAGAGUAUCACAACGCUUCAGGGUGAGGAUAUUGUCUUCCUGGCCACUGACAUUAAUCUGCCAGGAGCUGUAGAUUGGGUGAUGAUGCAGUCGUGCUUCAAUCAGCACUUUAUGCUGGUGCUGGAGAAACAAGAGAAAUUCGAUGGGCAUCAGCAGUUCUUUGCCAUUGUUCAGUUGAUUGGAUCACGCAAAGAGGCAGAGAACUAUGCCUAUCGCCUGGAGUUGAAUGGACAUAGGCGUCGGCUGACGUGGGAAGCGAUGCCACGGAGCAUCCAUGAGGGCGUUGCAUCGGCCAUCCUAAAUUCUGACUGCCUCGUCUUUGACACAUCCAUUGCGCAGCUCUUUGCUGAUAAUGGCAAUCUGGGCAUCAAUGUCACCAUCUCGUGCGUCUAAAAAAAAAAGAUCUCUCCACAUCCCAAAUCAUUCGGCAGUUGUGAGCACUUUUCACCCUCCCUAAAAGCCCAUCCAAAAAAUCCCGAGCAAAAUCGCAUUAAAGAAAAAAACCAUCACCCUUCAUCACUCCCAGAGGAUUUAAAAAAAAAAUACUAUACUUCUUAAAUAAAUGACACUAGGGUUAAUUGCAAA